AAUAACCAAAAACCAAUUCACUCAAACAUUUCCAUCAUCUCAAAGCAUUCAAGUGAACAAUUUUAUUCUCUUCCAUCCAAAAAUACAAAUACUCAAACUAAAACCAUGCCUUGUUGGUCUGCAGAAAAUGCCACUAAGGCCUAUCUCAACACUUUGAAAAUGGGACAAAAAGCGAAAGAACCGGCCGUGGCGGAGUUUAUAUCGGCCUUGGCGGCCGGGAACAACGCGCAGCUAAUGGUGGUGGCUUGCGCCGGGGCGGCCGACUCGACCACCUUACUAGCCCUAGUAGAGGCGGCAAAUCAAACCGGAGGACACGUGAUUUGCAUUGUUCCAAAUCAUGAAGACUUAAAUGGGACAAAGUAUGUUGUUGGAAGAACAGCAUCAAAUGAAGUCGAAUUCAUGGUUGGAGAGGCUGAGAUCCUUCUCCUUAACCAGUACGCCGCCGCCGACUUCGUCCUCAUCGAUUGCAAGCUCAAGAACCAUGAAGAGAUUCUGAAGGCAGUUCAAGUUGGUGGAAGGAAGCAAAAUGGGACAUUGGUGGUUGGUUACAAUGCAUUUGUGUGCAAAGGGUCUAGGUGGUCCUCAUCAUCAUCAUGUGGUUCAAGAACUCAGUUACUUCCAAUUGGAGAAGGGUUAUUGGUAACUAGGUUUGGAUCAAGCACAGUUCAUACUCCAAAACAUGGAAUCAACAAGAUCAAGAGUCGUUGGAUUGUUAAGGUUGAUAAAUGCACUGGAGAAGAACAUGUUUUCAGGGUUAGGUUUCCACAAGGAAAAGUUAUUCAAGCUUAAA